AGAUUUGUAACCGAUUUAACAAAUAACCUUGAAACACUUCAUAACAAACCAUACAAUAUGACCGUGGAUUUGGAUAAAUAUGCAAAGCCAAACAAAUCAUAUUACCUAGCUUUGGGUCUUGAAGGAUCUGCAAAUAAGCUUGGUGUAGGGGUCAUAAAACAUCCAUUGGGGCAUCUCUCAGAAACGAAUCGAGCUGAAGUAUUAUCAAAUGUCAGAGAUACAUACGUUACACCACCAGGUGAAGGUUUUUUACCUAGAGAUACAGCUCGUCAUCAUAGAAAUUGGGUUGUUCGUAUCAUAAAGCAGGCAUUAAUAGAUGCUAAAGUCUCUGGAAUGGAUUUGGACUGUAUUUGCUUUACACAAGGUCCAGGUAUGGGGGCACCAUUACAAAGUGUGGUCAUAGCAGCAAGAACCCUUUCACAACUUUGGGAUUUACCACUUGUAGGUGUGAAUCAUUGCAUAGGUCAUAUAGAGAUGGGAAGAGAGAUUACAGGUGCUAAUAACCCCGUGGUAUUGUAUGUCAGUGGUGGUAACACUCAAGUAAUUGCAUAUUCGAGACAAAGAUAUAGAAUUUUUGGAGAAACCCUUGACAUUGCCAUUGGUAAUUGUCUUGACCGGUUUGCGCGUACUUUACGAAUUCCUAAUGAACCAGCCCCUGGGUAUAAUAUAGAACAAAUGGCAAAGAAGGGUAAACAUCUUGUACCAUUGCCAUAUACAGUCAAGGGUAUGGAUUUAUCCAUGUCAGGGAUCUUGGCUCACAUAGACAUGUUGGCAAAGGAUUUAUUUGCUGAUAACAAGAAUAAGAAACUUAUUGACGAAGAAACUGGGGAACCAAUUACAGCUGAAGAUCUUUGUUUCUCACUUCAAGAAACAUUAUUUUCCAUGCUUGUUGAAAUAACCGAAAGGGCCAUGGCUCACGUCCAAUCUAACCAGGUUUUAAUCGUUGGAGGUGUUGGAUCGAACUUAAGAUUACAAGAAAUGAUGCAAUUAAUGGUGGAAGAUAGAAAAGAUGGUAGUAUACAUGCCACUGAUGAACGUUUCUGUAUCGAUAACGGGAUUAUGAUUGCUCACGCUGGUCUACUCAGUUAUAGAAUGGGUCAAGUGAAUGAGAUGUGGAACACCGUCUGCUCCCAACGUUAUCGUACCGAUGAAGUGUUUGUUAAGUGGAGGGAUGAUUAG